AAUAUACCAGCGAUUACACUAAAUUGAUGCUUCGUUGAGAAACCAGUAGACAUUAAACAAACAAACAAAUCCAUCAUCUCCCUUCUUACAUCCUAUUUGUUGUUUCCGAGGUGUAUGUGCAUUUGUUUAAGCAGAAACCGACUCCAGUAUGGCGCAUUUGCUUUCAACUUCUUGCACUUUAAAGUUGCCUUCUAGCUGCAGAUCUUACUCUCAGCCAUUGAACCAAUGUCCAAUAACGCAUCAUACCUUUGUUACAUUUCAAACUUCGAAAUCUUCUUUUAGAAAGCUUGCUUUGCUAGGAGAGAGACCAAAAAGAAGUUGUGUUCCCCGUGCAACUGCAGCUCCCGUGAGCCAGGAAGCUCCAACGAAAUCUAGCUCGAAUGCCAACCAGAUUUUUGGUGAAUCAUCGAAGCCUAAGAGGGUCAUGGUCAUUGGUGGAGAUGGUUACUGUGGUUGGGCCACUGCCCUCCACCUAUCGAAGAAAGGCUACGAGGUUGCAAUUGUCGACAACCUCAUUCGUCGUCUUUUUGACCAUCAACUCGGUCUAGAUUCUCUGACCCCAAUAUCCUCCAUCCAGAACAGGAUCAGUUGUUGGAAAUCACUCACUGGAAAAACAAUUGACCUUCAUAUCGGUGAUAUCUGCGACUUUGAAUUCUUAACUGAAACAUUCAAGUCAUUUGAACCUGAUGCUGUUGUCCAUUUUGGGGAGCAGCGUUCGGCUCCUUAUUCAAUGAUUGAUCGAUCCAGAGCUGUGUUUACUCAGCACAACAAUGUUAUUGGAACACUUAAUGUUCUCUUUGCUAUCAAGGAAUUCAGAGAGGAAUGCCAUCUCGUAAAGCUCGGGACAAUGGGAGAAUAUGGAACGCCGAACAUUGAUAUUGAGGAGGGUUACAUAACAAUCAACCAUAAUGGACGAACAGACACUUUGCCUUACCCGAAGCAAGCCAGCUCGUUCUACCAUCUUAGUAAGGUCCAUGACUCGAAUAAUAUAGCCUUCACUUGCAAAGCUUGGGGAAUUAGAGCUACUGAUCUUAAUCAAGGAGUGGUUUAUGGGGUAAGAACUGAUGAGACUGAGAUGCAUGAAGAACUCUGCAACAGGUUUGAUUAUGAUGGAGUGUUUGGUACUGCAUUAAAUCGGUUUUGCGUCCAGGCUGCUGUUGGCCAUCCGCUGACUGUGUACGGAAAAGGAGGCCAGACGAGGGGCUACCUUGACAUACGGGAUACAGUUCAAUGUGUGGAACUUGCAAUUGCAAAUCCAGCAAAUCCCGGAGAGUUUCGGGUAUUCAAUCAAUUUACCGAGCAGUUCUCCGUCAACGAACUCGCUUCCAUUGUAACAAAAGCAGGAGAGAAGCUCGGGAUAGAUGUCAAAACAAUAUCUGUGCCGAAUCCUAGAGUGGAGGCAGAAGAACAUUACUACAAUGCCAAACACACUAAGCUUAUCGAGUUGGGUCUGAAACCACACCUUCUUUCAGACUCUCUCCUGGACUCGUUGCUCAACUUUGCUGUACAGUUCAAGGAUCGCGUUGACACUAAACAAAUUAUGCCGAGUGUUUCUUGGAAAAAAAUUGGUGCCAAGCCGAAGACUCUUGCAUCCUAGUUAUUAUAUAAGCAUAGUUUAGGGAUGGACACCUGAAAAAGUUUUCGUGGAGCUCGAAUUGUGUCGUUUCGUGCAGCAUUUUUGACUUUCCACUGUAUGCAAUCGGUAAUUGUAAUGUAUACAAUAUAAGCUAAUCAGAUGUAAGCAUUUCUCUCCCAGUUUCAAGUUCAAUAUCUUGUGGCA